AUGGCUAGUGAGGAGAGUUUUGUUGUUUUGGUGCACCACAGAGGAUCUGUUAAUAGAAAAACUCGUUCCGGAGUAAAGUUCACAGAUAAGAAUCCUCUAUGUAUUGUCAUAACAUCUACGACGAGUUACGAUGACCUUGUUAGCGCUGUACUAAUGAAGCUUGGUCUGGAGGGUGCGAAGCGGGUAAAGAAGUUUUUCUAUCGCAUUCCAGUCACGGUGCUACAGAAUACGGUGAAGUAUGAUUGCUUCACGAUUAAUAAUGAUGCGGACUUGCAAGUAAUGUUUCUCUGUCGGCGGCAGUUUCCGGAGGUGAGGACACCGGAGUUGUUGGCCCGGCUGGUUGAUGUUGUAUCCAGCUCCGGCGGUUCGAACAGGAAUACGAACACUAUAGCGAAUGCAGCAGGUUCUAGUUCCCGGCCUGCCGUUGCUUCCUCGUCCGUCCCUGUGUACGAACCAGUGGUCCAACAUGUCGCCUCCCCAUCUUUCGCUGUUGACCUCAAUGCCACCGAAGGCGACGAGGUAGUGGAAAGGGAAAAUUUGCCGAACGCUUUAGUGGGAGUUGCACCUGUUGGCGUAGGAGACGGUUUUUUGGACGAUGAAGACGAGGAUGACGUCGAGCCGGAUAUGAUUGACGAUGAUAGCGCUAAUGAUAUUGGAGCGACUGGGCCUGCAUUGGAGGUAGGUGGUUCUAGCUCUGGCACACAGCAGUAUCCACCACAUUUUUCCUCAUUGGACUUGGACGCCAUGAGACAUGAGGGGGUUUUAGGGCACGCUGUUGGAUUCGGAGCUAGAGAUGCGGAAGGGAGUACUGGUCUGACAGAGUUCCAGGUUGGUCAGCAAUUCCAGGAUAAAGAUGAGGCCCUUUUAAGUGUGAAGACUUACAGCAUCCGGCGAGGGGUACAGUACAAGGUGGUGGAGUCCGAUCACCGCCGGUAUGUGGGCAAGUGUUCCGAGUUUGGGAAUGGGUGCACAUGGUUGAUUCGACUGAGUCUCCGGAAGCGCAAGGGCAUCUGGGAGGUCAAACGGUACAAUAGACCUCACACUUGCCUGGCCACAUCCAUCUCUAGUGACCACAGGAGUUUGGAUUAUCAUGUGAUUUCGGCUUUCAUUAUGCCAAUGGUUAGGGCCGAUGCAUCCGUGAGCAUCAAGGUGCUCCUGAACGCCACGGCAGCGCACUUUGGUUUUAGGCCGACUUACCGGAGGGUUUGGAUGGCGAAGCAGAAAUCUAUUGCCCUCAUAUACGGUGACUGGGAUGAGUCCUACAACGACCUGCCUAGGUGGGUCUUGGGUGUCCAGCUGACGAUGCCUGGGAGUGUUGUGGUCCUGAAGACGAGCCCGGUUCGAGUUGGAGGACAGGUGGACGAAUCUCAAGCGUACUUCCACAGACUUUUCUGGACUUUCCCGCCCUGCAUCGAGGCAUUCCGUCAUUGCAAGCCGCUAAUCAGCAUUGACGGCACACAUUUGUAUGGGAAGUAUGGGGGAACAUUGCUCAUCGCGAUUGCACAGGAUGGGAACUCCAACAUUCUACCUGUGGCAUUCGCACUAGUAGAGGGUGAGAACGCGGAAUCCUGGACAUUCUUUCUCUCACACCUUCGACAGCACGUGACCCCGCAGCCCGGUCUGCUGGUUAUAUCGGACAGGCACAACGGCAUCAAGGCUGCGCUUGAGGCCCCUGACGGCGGUUGGCUACCGCCAUCUGCGUACCGUGCAUUCUGCAUACGACACGUUGCGGCUAAUUUUGCCCUAACCUUCAAGGGCAAAGACGCUAGGAGGCUACUAGUGAACGCGGCGUAUGCGAAGACCGAGGUUGAAUUUGAUUACUGGUUUGAUAUCCUGCGAUCUGAAGAUCCGGCGAUGUGUGAGUGGGCGAACCGGAUUGAUUACUCGUUGUGGACUCAGCAUCGUGAUGAGGGGCGGAGAUUCGGUCACAUGACGACGAACAUCUCCGAGUGUGUGAACUCUAUCCUGAAGGGGGUCAGAAAUCUCCCUGUAGCAUCCCUGGUGAAGGCAACAUAUUGUAGGCUUGCGGAACUGCACAAAGGGGAGAGAGGCUGA